AAUUUACAUGAUUCAGCUUUGAUAUCAAUGGCAGAAUCGGGUCGAUUUGACAAAUGUUGUAGCCAGAAUUCUGUGGUUUUUGGCUGUUUAUUAUGCCUAAAUUAGGGCGCAGUUAUCGAGCUUUCACUCAAAACCAUGUCCGCUGUUAGAUCGAGAAUGAUAUCGAGAAAGAUGGGUCCUCCAAGGCCCCCUUUGCCAUCGCGAAUUAGAAAGGGCGACGCGACAGUUCAACAACAACUGCAGGACGACAGUCCAAAGAAACCGGAACAAUUUUCGAUCCGGUUCAGACGAGACGAUGCAAAUGAAUCCGACGAGGAGAUUUCAAUCGUUCGCAAAGAAAGCUUGCCAGAUGUUCAGUCUGAGCGGACUGAACCGAUUAAUACGGAAGCGAAAAGUGAAAGCUCUCCGAGCAGUGAGCAUGGCGAACAAGCUUCUUCGCCUAGUUCUGGGACAAGUUCUAUAUUCUCCGCCCUGCCUUUACCGUUUCUGCCGAAAUCACCAAGUCCAAACAGCGGCAACGAAAUGCCGAGUUUCGAAGAGCCGACACAACAAAGUGAGCCGAAUGACGACGUAGAUGAGAUUGUUUUCAAAACGUCUCAUUUCGAACAAGAACACGAGUCUUCUUCUCAGAAGAACGACGGAGAUUCUGAUGGAAACGACAGCCUUUCUGCGAACCCGCCAGAACAUAAACGAGGCGACAAUUUAGUUGUCCAUUCUAAAAUGAAGUUCAGCUAUUUGCAAAAAAUGGACAAAAGAGGAAGCCCCGAAACGGAAAAAGGAAGUUUAGGAAAGAACCAUGUGGAACUCAAGGGGGACACUAAAACAAAUCGCUUUGUUGUCUCAGCUCUGGCUGAAAGCUCUAAAUUAAUCAUGCCUUUUGGCCUGGGGAAUGUAAAUUCUGCUGUCCACUCCUCGGUUAAACAGGACAAUGCGACAACCGAAAUUGAAAUACCUUUGUACAACAUGCUUAUUGUCUCAACCAUCCUUUUCCUCUACUUUAUGCUCCCGUCUACAUCAUUUAUGAACGGAUUUGUGUUUGGGGGAUUUCUGAUGUUCUUUUUGGUGUUCGCCCUGAUGUGGUUGCUCACGCCGGAGAUGAGCGACGAGGAACGUUACAAGAGGGACGUGUUGGAACAUGAACAAGAAAUGAAGAGGAUACAAAUGGAUUCAUCCAGCAAGCUGUUUCAACCCUACCAGCAUUAUUAUGAUCUAGAGGGCUGGUUCUUCAAAGCCACAAGCUAUAGUCCACUGGAACCGGUUGACUUUAGUGAUCCAGAGAAAAUUCAACCGGUAUACGCCAGCCUUUGUUCCCACAUUCUGACCUUGCACACCCCACGUGAAGACGAUCUUCCUAAGAUCAAGAGAAGUAGUAUGCUUGUUGAGAAUGAUAGCGUAAAGUUCAGCAGUUUGAAAGAAUAUGAUUUGGAUAAUGGUGGUGAGAUUGAGCUCGUUCCUGAUACAAUGACGCUCAAGAGACUCUGGGCCAAGAAAUAUCCAAUCCAUUUGAAACUUUUUGAGAAGCUGAGUUCAGAGGAUUCACCUGGAGUCCAAGAGUCCUUUGUGUUGCCUUCGGUGACAGAGGAAAUCUACCUGUUUAGCCCCACAGGCCGUGCUAAAGAGGAAUGGUAUUACCGCAUUGAGAAGGUGCUCAAGCCCAAGACUCAUGUAUACAACAUUGAAAAUAUAUUCAAUACUCAGACAAACUUUCAUCGACACAUGCAAGAGCUGAUAGGCACUGGGAAAGAAUCUUCAUCGCAAACGCAGUUGACCUGGGUGAAUGCUCUGCUGGGACGACUGUUUUGGGAUGUUUGGAAAAGUGAAUAUUGGAAUAACAAAGUCAAAAACCGAAUACAAAAUAAAAUAUCAAGAAUGAAACUUCCUCUGUUCAUUCGCUAUUUAAAGGUCACUGAUAUGAAGUUGGGUAAUGCUUUACCCAAAAUCCAACGCGCUCACAAUCUACACCAGGAUAACCGGGGGAUCUGGGUCGACUUGGAAGUCGAUUAUGAAGGAGGAAUCAUGUUGACCAUUGAAACGAUGAUCAAUCUGGAGUAUUAUUUGAAGCAGCUCACAGAUCAUGGUAAGAGUGAUGGUGAUGAGGUCAUUCUUAAAUUUAGCCGCGAGGAUGGUAACUAUAGUGACGUCAGCAGCACAGAGAGUGAGCAUAGCGACGUGGAUGAGGGGGUCUGGGACGAUGCCCCGACGUCGUUCCAUGCUGCAGAGAGUCCAACACCCUCAAGCGAUGGUUCAGCGAGUGGUGGGGAGAAUCUGAACUCUGACAGCGAAAUGGAUGGUGAAAAAAGGUCGGUCACCUCGAGUGCUUCAUCCACGCCAGAGCAGGAAAAUCAAGGCUGGGCGGGAAAAGUGAAAAAUCCGAAGGGAAAGAGAAUUUUGAACAUGCUGGAGAAAGUGGCGAAGUCGAAAUGGGUGCAGAAAGCCGCAGAGACGAAGGUCGUACAAAGAGCUGUUGAGAAAUUCUCAAAUUUGCCCAUCGAGUUGAGCGUUGAGGUCGUACGAUUGCGUGGCACCUUGGCAGCAAAUAUUCCACCCCCUCCUUCAAACAGAUUAUGGCUUGGUUUCCAUAACAACCCAUUAUUGAGCCUGAUUGCGAGGCCAAAACUGGGGGAACGAAACGUUCGUCUUACACACGUGACAGAAUGGAUAGAAUACAAGUUGAAACAAGAGUUUAAGAAUAUGUUCGUUCUUCCAAAUAUGGAGGAUUUGACGAUACGGAUCAUGGACAGCGGUUUCGAGGAGAAAUUCCCGCCUUCUUAGCGUGUAAGCUUUGUGAAUAUGAAAUGAAAUUUCAGGUCACUGAACUCCAGAUGACCUGGAACGUCAACCUGUUCGGGCGACCGUUUUGAUUUUGCAGGCAAAUUUUUAAAAGUACGGUUUGUGAACUCGUGUUAAAUGUCUCGAAUCCAGGGCUCUCGAGUCACGGUGAUUCACAAGAGACUGACUGUCCAGGUCAUCUCGAGUUCAGUGGUUUAAGCCAAUAAAUUUUAUGUAAAUAUGAAAUCGUUAAAAUGGGUAAACUUUAGUUUAAAUUGUCAGUGGUUGUACAAAGCAUAGGUUACUUUUAAAUAAAAGAAAAGAAUAGAAAUAAAAUUUAAAAGUAUAAAAUGGCAUUAAUUUAGACUAAUAACAAAAAGCUUGUAUUUUAGAAAUAACAGGAAAUAUAUAUAAAAGAGAAAAUAUGUUAAAUAAAAUAAACAGAAUUGUGAA